AUCUAUUUGAGUAACUUUACGUGUUCCGGUGAUGAGAAUUGUGAUGAGAACCCAUCAUUUGCCACUAAUCCACAGUGUUACACUGGACAGUUGGAAACUAUUUUAAGAUGCUCUCCUGGAACACCUUGUAAUGGGUCUAAACUGUAUCUCCAUAAUAACAUGACAAGAAUAGUCAAUGGACGUGAGAUAGUAUCUGGUAUACCGCUUAACUGUAUUGAUGGAGCAUUUUAUGCUUCUCUCUGUAAUGAUGGAUCUCACACCCAAGCAGGUUUGAAUUACUUAUGCCAAUCAAUGGGAUUUGAUAACACUAGUGUUAUUCUUUCUCAUGAUUCUUCAGUGUAUGGCACUGCUCCAGUAGGUACAGCCUAUUAUUCCUCUUUCUCUUGUCCUCCUAAUGCUAAUACUGUUGAUGAUUGUGAUGCUUUAUCAUCAACUAACCAACAGUGUUUAGCUGGUACAAUGGACCUAGUAUUGCAAUGCUCCAGAGCUGCUCCCAUUGUCACUCCUUCAGCCACUCCUUCAGCUACUACCACACCAACUCCUUCUGGCUCUACUACAGUUCUUGCUAAUGGAGUUACUGUUAGUGUAUUGGUAGCUCUGAUACUGGCUGUACUGUUGCUGUCAUAAUGUCUUUAAAAUGACAGCAUAAUUGACUAAACUGUAGCUAGCUGUAUAGAUUGCAUACUUAAUAUCCUUUCAUUGUUGUAGUGUAGCUAUUAGUUUUUGUAUUUCUUAUUUUACAUAAUCUCUUCUGUGCUUGUAACAUCUACUUCCACUCCUACUACUCCUACUUCAGGAGGUGAUUCUGAUACUAAUAUUGGAGCUGUUGUUGGUGGAUCAGUAGCUGGAGUGGUUGCUGUUAUCAUUGUAGUAGCUAUUGUUACCAUUGCUGAAAUUGCAGUUAUUAUGUAUGUCAAGAAGCAUAAAAGUCCUGUUGUACCUAUAUCUGAAAAGUCUGAAAAAACUCAUUUUGUCUAGAUAGUUUAUAAAAAUUAGCAAAUUUUAAAAUAUUUUUAUGCUUAAACCAGUAACAUUACAGUACUGCUUUCAUUAACUAAACUCUAGCUUUCAUUUUUUUGUAGUUAUUUAUGUUACAAUAUCCUGUGACUCCAAAUAAAUUCAUAAGCAGCAAAACACUAAGGUACAGAUGUGCCCCACCCCAAAUUUGAAGCACACAGUUAAAGAAGAUGGAGUUCCUUAAGCUGGUUCUGGUUGUUGCUGCAGUUGCUAUCAGCACUUUUCCCAGGUUCUCUCACUCAAUGACUUUAUUGUAUCCUGUCUCUUUUUCAAAUGACAGCUUUAUUGCGGGAGUUGGGCUUUUCAAAGAUGGUGAUUAUGGUAUAGUGUGUGAUGAAGGAGAUACCGAUAUCACUGACUUCCUCUGCAAUAAUCUUGGUGGAUUUGAUAAUGAUAGUUAUAUUGAUCCAUCAAUGUUAAAUGUUUCAUUUGUUAAUUUCAGCUGUCCAUCUGGUUUUUCUUCAUGUGGUGAAGCUGCUUCAAUUGUUCCUAACUGCUCCACACCACUGCUCAUUGUAUGCAGUUUCUCAGAUUGUUUCCCAGGACAAUUAGUUCAGCUGACUAACAGUGUCAAUGUAUCAACUGGUUCUGGAGUAGCUUUGGUUGGUUAUCCUGAAGUUUGUGUCAAUGGUAACUUUGCUCCAAUUUGUAAUGGAACUGAACUUGGGGCCAUUGAACUGAUACUUAUAUGUGCUUAUCAACCUAUUAAUUCCAGUACUGGUUUGAUAGGCAAUCCACACAAUGUUGGAUUAAGUCCUUUUAUGCCAUCUGCUCCAUUAUCAGUGACUGGCUAUGAUUGUGAUAUAAUGGCUAAUUGUGCAGUGACUACAGGAAUGAACUGUGGUACCAAUGGUUAUGCCAUUGUUACUUGUGAGGAAGGAAUUCCUAGCAGUUCAGCCUGUGAUCCAAAUGCUUAUGUCAAUGGGAGUAUCCUAUUUAAUAAUGAAACUAAUGUAUCUGCUGAUGGUUCUGUUGUAACUACUGGUAUCUAUCAGUCAUGUACUGGUGGUUCUUAUGUCAGAUAUUGUACUUAUCCAUCACAAUGGGGCUAUCCUAGUUUGGUAGAUAUAGCAAAUGGCAUUUGUAUAUCAUUAGGAUACUCAUUUGGAGUAAUAGUUCCUUUCGAAAAUAGAUUUUAUCAAGAUUUACCUCCUGGUAUAUCAGCAAUAGAUAUAAACUGCACUAGUGUAGAGGGCUCUGAGUGCAAUUAUACACUGUGUGAUGAUAUUAAUAGACAAAUGGUGCUACGCUGUACAAGAUCUCGAGGUUGUCUAGUGACUGGUGGUUAUUUGUACAAUAAUAUCACUAGAAUAAGUAAUGGAAGGGAAUACACUAGUGGUGUAUUUGUCAACUGUGAGUCUGGAUAUUAUCAGGCUAUCUGUCAAACUAAUGGGACUGAUUUAAGUAAUCUUUGCAGUUCUGAUAUUCUUGGUUACGAAGGCAAGUUCUAUCAUAUUUCAAUCUCUUUUAAUCACUUGUUUAGGUGGAGCAGUGGUGUCGUAUAAUUCAACAGCCCAAGGUGCCCUUCCAUUGAAUAGCGCUUAUUUCACUGAUCUUGAUUGCCCAUCCAAUGCCACCAGUCUGAGUGAUUGCAGUGCAACUCAUUUGAACUCAACAGAAUGUGAUAAUAUACUAGUCCUUCAAUGCUACAGAGAUAUUGCCACAAGUAGUAGUAUAGUAACUAGUUCAUUAACUAGUACUACCAGUAGUUCAUCACCUACUACUUCCACUCCUACUACUCCUACUUCAGGAGGUGAUUCUGAUACUAAUAUUGGAGCUAUUGUUGGUGGAUCAGUAGCUGGAGUGGUUGCUGUUGCUAUUGUAAUAGCUAUUGUUGUUGUUGCUAUAACAGUUACCAUGUAUAUGAAGAAGCAUAAAAGUCCAGUCGUACCUAUAUCUGAAAAGAAAUCCCACCCCAUCUAGAAAUACAAUACAAAGUAUAUGCACUAACAAAACUUUGAUAUGCUGUAAUAAUUAAUUUGUUUGCAAAUUCCUCUUGUUAUAAUAAUAUUCAUAAUUACAAAUGGUAUUUGAGAUUAA